CAACUUAACUCAAGGUCGUCUCAAGGUCCUGCACCACGGUGUAAAAGACUACACAUGCCUCAAAACGAGCAUAUUGAACUCCACCGGAAACGCCAUGGCUAUCGCUUUGAUUACUUUGAAAGAAAGCGGAAGAAAGAAGCUCGUGAGCCACAUGAAAGAAGCCGCCAAGCUAAGAAACUUCGAGGAUUGAAAGCGAAAAUAGCAAAUCGAGAAAGAUUUAAGGAGAAAGUUCAGAUGAAGAAGACUCUACGUAUGCAUGAGAUGAAGGGGAAGAAUCAAAAGGUCGAUGAAGCCGGGCGGUCAGGAGAGGUUCCGGCCUAUCUGUUGGAUCGUGGUGAGCAGAUAUCCGCCAAAGUUUUGUCUAACACCGUCAAACAAAAGCGAGCUGAAAAGGCGGGAAAAUGGGAGGUCCCACUACCAAAGGUCAGAACUGUGUCUGAAGCCGAGGCAUUUAAAGUUGUACGAACUGGAAAGUCAAAACGUAAAGCUUGGAAACGUCUAGUUACAAAAAUGUGCUUUGUGGGAGAUACAUUCACAAGAAAACCUCCGAAGUUCGAACGUUUUAUCCGUCCAAUGGGUUUACGUGUGAAGAAGGCUAAUGUUACUCAUCCCGAACUGAAAACCACCUUUCAACUACCAAUAAUAGGUGUCAAGAAAAACCCAAGUUCUCCUAUGUAUACUACACUUGGCGUUAUAACCAAAGGCACAGUCAUUGAGGUGAAUGUCAGUGAUUUGGGUUUAGUUACACCAGGUGGCAAAGUUGUAUGGGGUAAAUAUGCUCAAGUAACAAAUAAUCCUGAAAAUGAAGGUUGUGUAAAUGCUGUUCUUAUUGUAUAAAUAAAAACUGAUUUAUUCCUA